AUGGCUGUCGUCUACAGCGACGUUGAGGAGUAUGACCCGUUGGCUCGUGACGACUACGGGACGGCAGAUUGUUCCGAAGUGACCACGCGUACCGUGUCCAACGCGUUCUUCGAUGGCCCAGUCGAUGAUGCGGGCGAGCCCGGCGACGGCAAGGAGGACAAGACCGAGGAAGAAGAACAAUUAAAGACGGUCGAUCAGAAAGAAGACAGGGUGAAGGUUGAUGAGGAUCUGGGAGAAGUGAAGGAGGCUGAGGAAGGUGUCAAGGAGCAAGAGCAUGUGGAGCCGAAAGAAGGGGACGGCGAGGAGGAAGAGGAAGAAGAGGAAGAAGAAAUCCCGCCCAAGGUCAAGGAGGUCACAUUCAUCAACGAUGUGCCAAUCUACAAGCCCAAUCACCUGCUGAUGGACGAGAAGAACCACUACAAGUGUGUGGUCUACGAGCUCGUCGGCUUUGACGACAAAGUCGGCGGCACGUACCUGGUGACGGCCCACGACAAGGAGAUGGUGUUGCGCGUCGAGAAGAUCCCCGGUCGCAUCAUCGGCCAAGAGCUCGAGUUCCUCAAGAAGCUCGGCCGCUGCUAUGCCUUGGCCCAGUAUCAGAUGAAGGAGGCCCGCGCCCUGCGCCGCGCCUAUGAGGAUGAGAAUGGAGAAGGGCCCAACUUUUCCCUUGACCUCCCAGAGGUGGAAGAUGCGGUGCAGUGGGGUUCGCCCUUCGACCUGGCUGUGCACACCAAGCCAAGUCUCCCCCCAUCGCCGUCUUCGGAUGAUGAGGUGGACGAGGAGGGUACUACCGUUUCCCGCCGCCCUUCACAUGCUGAUGCUCCUCCUCUCAACACCGCUGCUCCUGCUCCAAUGCCAACCGUCGUCACCACUUCUCCUGAUGCUACCCGCCCUCUCAAAGUCGGUCCCGUGCUCAAGAUCCUUGCUGCGAUCGGAACCUAUCUGCCCGAAAACCCGAUCGAUAAC